GCCCCACCAGACGCAACGCGACGCGACGGAACGAACGCUCGUUCGAACAGUUGCACGUCCAGCUCGGCCGGUUGCUCAACGUCGCGCAACCCAGCGGCGUUUCUCGCGAUCGCGAUCUCGCGCCGGCGACGAGUUGCGCGGAGAAAACGGUCGGAGUUCGGCGCGCAGGAGAACUCGUCCCUCCGAAUCGAGCACGCCUGUCCCGCGAGGCUCCUAAUUGCACAGUGCGGGAGUUUCGGGAGGCGGAUCGCUCUCCGUUUCGGUGAUUUGCGCGAGCGUGAUCGAGCGGCGAGCCGCCGCGUUUCGGCUUUGAUGCCGGCCAGGGCAGCUAGGCACGCGCGCGACUAGCAACCGUAACGGGAAAUUUAAGCCGCGACGAAGGGGUGCACCACGUCGCCGGGUUUUCAGCUGGCGGGCCCCGAUUGUCCCUUGGCUUGAUUAAAAACAAAACAAAAAAGCGAAAAGCGCAACCCGCAAAAGCGAAGGCGAAACCGAGACCGGGCGGACUAAAACUUACUCAAUUUCCUCCGGCACGCGCCGUGUGGGAAAAAAUCUCGGCGGGCGGACCUCUCUUCCGUAACGACACCGCACACGCCGUGCGGUAAACCACCCCCGAACCUCGUCGUUGCACCUGGGAGGUCGUCCCCUGGGAGCCCCUCCAUCUUCAGCUUUUACCGACGCGGGGCGGGCGGUGAUGCUUUUGUCUCUCCGACGGGAUCGGGGCGGAAUCUUAGCCGUGCAAAAAUCGACACCGAUGCCGAAGUCGGCGACUAAGUGGAGAUUCUGGAGAAAGUCCAAGAGGGCUGUUCUCGAGGAGAACGAUCAGGAGAGCCGGCGCAAGCGCUCGGCACCGCCGCCGGUGGUCGUGACGCAGGUCAUCAAACAGGACUACGAUCAGAUACCGGAAGCGAAGGUACCGGAAGCCGAGGACACCCGGAGAAAGACGAUGGAGAAUCCGCUCAACAGCCGGCUGUCGCCCAAAGUCACGCCGAUCACAGAAGACUACGAGAUCAGUAAUCACGUGCUGGGCCUCGGGAUCAACGGGAAGGUCGUGCAGUGCUACAGCAGGAAUACGAGGCAGAAGUACGCUCUUAAGGUCCUGCAUGACUGCGCAAAAGCGCGGAGAGAGGUCGAGCUUCAUUGGAGAGCGUCAAAUUGCAGGCACAUAGUCCAAGUCAAGGAUGUGUAUGAAAAUUCCUAUAGCGGGAACAAAUGUCUGCUGGUAGUUAUGGAAUGCAUGGAAGGCGGAGAGCUGUUUCAAAGGAUACAAGAUAGGCAAGACGGCGCUUUUACCGAAAGAGAGGCGGCGCAAGUGAUGUUCGAGAUCUGUGUCGCGGUGAAGCAUCUACACGACAUGAACAUCACUCACAGGGAUCUAAAACCUGAGAAUCUUUUAUAUUCCAAACCUGACAUCACUGGAACCCUGAAACUCACCGACUUUGGAUUUGCGAAAGAAACACAUUUAAAAGACACGUUACAGACACCAUGUUACACACCGUACUACGUCGCUCCGGAAGUUUUGGGGCCAGAAAAGUACGACAAGAGCUGUGAUAUUUGGUCAUUGGGAGUAAUUAUGUACAUAUUAUUGUGCGGCUUUCCACCAUUCUACAGCAAUCACGGAUUAGCGAUCUCGCCCGGAAUGAAAAAGAGGAUCCGACUGGGACAGUACGACUUUCCCUCUCCGGAAUGGGCGAACGUGAGCCAGGAAGCUAAGAACCUCAUCAAGGGUAUGCUGUGUAUAGAUCCAGCGGAAAGGCUUCAGAUCGACGCUGUGAUGCGCAACAACUGGAUUGCCAAAUAUAUGGAGGUACCCGCUACUCCCUUACACACCGGACGCGUUCUGCGCGAGGGAGAGGAAAUGUGGCCGGAAGUGCAAGAGGAGAUGACGCGAUCGCUGGCGACAAUGCGCGUCGACUACGACACGGCGUGUCUGAAGCAGCUCGAUCACACGAACAAUCCCUUGUUGAAUAAGCGAAGGCGCGCGAAACAGUCCGCGAACAACGCGACGGUCCCUACGCCUGCCUCCUAGGAAGAGGAUACUGUCAGAGCCAGACGAAACUGGACUUGUUUUCUGCGGAGAUGCGUCAGAUACAGUGUGAUCACAACGAGGAUCGUUUUCUGACUGCUGCAUUUUACGAAGCGAAAGAAAUUCCGGGGUAGAGUAGUAUCGAAGGGCACCUAGAUCGCGUGAUGUGUCGCAUGAUCUACGCUUAUCGGCGUCCGAGUAAUUAGGUAUGAGGUCAAUUUUAUUAUUACGGCGGUAACAAUAACACACGCAACGAGGACAAUAUUGCCUCAGCGAAUGCAAGUAAGCGAUGCCUUUUUAAUGGUCGAACGACUCAGUCUUUCUGAAAUUGUAAAACUUAAAAAUGUAGGUUACAUUAAUUAUAAAGUCGAGCAACUAUUUUUACGAAAGGACAAACAUUGUUAAUGCGUAACAUUAAUGUUACAUGUUUGUCGUCCUUUCAGUUUCUAUCAGACCUAAUAGUUGUUAUUGUUUGAAUAUAAUGGCCUUUAGAGGCACUAAAUAGGAAUAGUCAAUGAAUAAACGAUACUGCUGAAUGUGUCUUUGAUCAAAUGUAGUAGAUCGUGUUGGGAUACUUACUAAUGAUGUUUAAAAUAUCUACAUCUAAUAACAAGAUCUAAAAAAAAGAGAAAAUUGCUUUUCUCGGUAAAACUUUAUUGCUAUUGUACUCGUUAAGAGGAAAGAAAAACUUGUUAUCUCGAAAAAAUUCGAGAGAUAUAUAAAAAAUCCGUCAUCUUCAACAACUGAGUCAAUUUUAGAGUCGAUAAGUAGUAACUGACGUUUGCUAUACGUAUCUUGCGUUAUUGAUUCGAACACGUCAAUUCAAAUUACUAUAAUGUCGUUGAGCAAUGAUCGUUCUUAUAUUCUGUACACAUACAUAUAUUCUAAGAUAGGCGCUGACAAAAAAAGAUAGUUUUAUUACACAUAA